CGAAGCAUAAAACUAGACUUAGCAAUGGCGGACGAGUACAUUAACGCUCUGAACCUUAAACCUCUUCCAUUAGGAGGUUAUUACGUGGAAUCCCUAAAUGCAAUAACUAAAGUUCAACCCCUAGAUAGCUCUGGGCGCCAAGUAAGGGAUGCGUAUUCAGUAAUUUAUCUUCUCCUAAGGGGAUCAGACAUAAACGCGUGGCACAAAAUGAAGUCAGGGGAGACAUAUUUCCAUCACUUGGGCAGCCAUAUCAUCUUACACAUGAUACAUGAGGAUGGCAGAUACGAGACCAAAAUUAUUGGGGACCCACUGAGGGAUAAUAAAGCCAGAUUUCACUGUCAUGUGCCAAAGAACGUGUGGUUUGCUUUAGAGCUUGAAGACAAGAGUGGCUUAUGCGUGUUCAGUGAGGCAGCUGGCCCAGGCUUUGACUAUGAGGACUUAGAAAUUGGCGAUAGCGACAAGAUGAUUGAAAUGUUCCCACAGCAUAAAGAGAUCAUCGAAAAAUUUUGUUUAAAGUAGACUUUAAAUGUGGACUGAAGAUUGAGACUAGAAAUUCUUGAUUUCUUUGGGGUUGUCACGCAACAGCUUCCUCUUAAUCUUGUCUUGCGUGACAAUUCAUCGUGAUGGUUAUCACAGUUAAAUUUGUGAUGUGAAUAUUUAACAAUAAUUCACCAAAGUAAAGUUGAAUAGUGGUGGAUGUUUAGUGAGCCAUAAAUCAGCAAAGUAAAUAUCCACCACUUUCACCAGCACCGACAUGGUGCUGACAUAAAUCAAAUCUAACUUGAACAACGCGAACCUUCAAGUAUCUAUCAAAUCUCAACUGGUUUCUUGAAACUGAAAUAAAAUGAAUUAGAAUAGGCCAUAACCAUACGAUACACGCUAAUUGAAAUGUCCUAACACUCAAACACACAGGGUGUGUAUAGAUCAAUCAAACAACACAAAUAUCCCAAGUGAAACAAUACUACCUUUGAUUAUACACGUUUUGGUUUAUAAAUACAAAAAUAAACAAGAUGACAUACCUCUUU